CCACGUCUCUCUGUCUCUCGACCUUGAAGAAGUACUCGAUCUAUAUAGGAUAAUGGUAGGGUUUUCGAUUCCCAAGGUUGGUAGAUCCCACUAACUUCCCAGGCAUCGACCUCUGUAGGACUUAUGGCGGUUCUCAGCAUAGUCCCUCUCAGGAAGCAUUUAUACGAAGUCGCAGACAAGACCCAUAAAGCCCUUGCAAUCAUAAUCGCCUUCUCCACAUGGCAACAUAUAAGCACCGCCGCUUAUGUGCAACAGUGGUUGUUGUUUACCCUGAUUGGAAUGAUCGGUCUUGUUCAUGCUGUGCAGUUCUUGCUAUUUCUGUACCGGAAUACUCGCUGGGGCAAACCAUUCCCUAAAGCAGAUAUUAUAAUAGAUGGGGUUAUCGUGCGAAUAGUCCUCCAACUGCCGCGUCCGAUCAAGAUCGACGCUGGACAAUACAUCAGCCUAAGCAUCAUGUCCCCGGCUCUCGGCUAUUGGUCGUGGGCGCAAAGCCAUCCAUUUACCAUUACUUCGUGGUCCCUCUAGAGCAGGACAAACUAGAGCUAUAUGUCCAAUGCCGAGGCGGGCUAACCUUACAACUUCUCGACAAGGGCGAGCGGAAUUGUCUCGCAUUCUUCAGCGGCCCUUAUGGAAAAUCGCAUUCCUUGAAGGAGGCUAAGUGUGUUCUGAUGUUAACCACGGACUUCGGGAUUAUUGCGGUCUUUCCCUACCUGAAGAAGAUUACAGCUACACACAAAUGCCGUGCCCACAUUAUCUGGCACGUAAAGAGGCUUAGCGAGUUCGCUCCACUAGUAGCCUUACUGAAUGACUAUCUACAGGAUCCUACCCUU